AUGUCGCAUGAUACAGCUCAUCACGUUCAAUUGCGCAAGAAAUGGCUCAAUAAACGACUUUUGAAAUUACAGAGAUACCAUAUACAAGACAGCUUUGAAGCCAAACGAGCUAAUUUUUUACAAAAUUAUUUGAAAAUAAAACACAGAUUACGAAAUUUAUCUAGUAGAAAGAAUGAGUUAUACCAUGGUACAGAAUCAUCAACAAUUGAAUUUUCUUCCAGUAAAUAUAUCGUUAAGAAAUUUUUAGAGGCCUAUGAUGUACCAUUUUCUCUGGAGGAUAGUGAUACUAUAAAUUCAAAUAAAAUCAUUAAUACAAAUAUUACAUUUUAUGAUUGCAACCAAAAUAAGAAUAUGGUCUUGAUGGAUUUGAUUUUAACAUCAUGCAGUGAUUAUAAUUUGUCUGCAGAUUUAAUUUCAGUUUUGAACGAUUUUUCUUGGAAAGAAGAAAGCCCCUUUAAAAUAUAUUUGAACAAAUUGAUAGAUUUCUUCAAUGUUUGGAAAGAACAUAAUCGAACAUAUAACAGAAAUUUUAAUAAUAUUAGUCUAAUGGAUAUUAUUAUUAAUGAACAUUUUCCAAAUGAUAUGAAUAAAUUCAAACAGAUUUUAAAGUUCAAUGAAGAGCUAAGAAAUUUAUUGCCAAAUUUAGAAAUUAUCGGAAAACAUACAGAAGAGAAUUUUAAGAAGACCAUUGAACUUUUGGCACAAUAUCCAUAUGUUAGCUUUAAUCCUUCAUCAACACAACCAAAUUAUUUGCAAAAAUUAUGGGACUAUUUACAAAAACUAAAAGAGUUAAUCCAUAUGGAUUUAAAUUGUGAUAAUGAAAUAAAUAUAUUCAAUUACUUACUUGUUCCACUAGAAAAAAUUAUUGGAGAUUUAGUGCAUAUUAGAGGUAUUUUACCAAACAAAAUAGAACAAAUCACAAAUGGAAUGAACAUAAACUUAUUUGAAAUAUUAGUAUCGGAUAUGAUAGUGGUGGCAUAUUUAAAAAAACACAACUGGCUUAUUGCAUAUCUCAUAGAAAAAUUAUUUGAUUUUAACACUACUGACGACCAUAAUACUAAUUUAUUAAGAAAUGUUUUUAAUUUAGAGAGCACACAAAAUCUUAAGAGUCUAUAUGGUGGUAAUGAAGCGAAAUCAGCAUUAAAUUAUCUAGUAGAUAUUAAUUUAUUUAAUACAUACUAUGAAAAGAAUGAUAUUGAAAAAGAGUCUUUAAAAUUAGCUUUGGAGUAUAUUAUUGAACAUAUUAAUUUGAACAAUUUGUCUUUGGAUAAACAAAGGUACUUGAAAGACAAAUUCAAUAAAGUUCUAAUGUUUGAGAAGGUUAAUUCAUAUUUAUUGGACUAUAAUUGGAACAAAUUUCAAAAUAUAUCAAAAGAAGAUGCAAUUGGAUUGCUCUAUAUGGAAUUACAAAAGAUCAAAUGUUAUAUUGAUGAAGAUUUCAUUAGUGAAUCACUUGAAGUGAACCAAAAAAACAUGCUCAUAAUAUCGAAAUUUCUUCAUGAAUUAAAUGUGAAUCAAGCAUUGGUUGUAUGUGAAAAAUCUAUAUUGCAUGUUAAUAAUAUCAACGCAUUUAAAGUAUUUGGUCAAUUUAUAUUGCAUCAUGAAAAUACAAUCGUUGAUUACAAUUUAGUUAUAUCCAUUAAUAUUCUAAUGAGUUUAGAACCAAGUGAUGCUUUACCGUUUUUUAAAGUUAUAAAUCAGCCUUUGCUAAUAAUUGAGCAGUACUUAAUGAACUGUAAAUUUGAUAAAUUGAUAAUGUGUCUAAAAAUCAUUAAAAAGAAACUAUUAGAUGAGGAUAAAGUUGAAACAGAUACUAUAACAAUGAUUCAUAUUGAAAAAUUAUUAAUAAAUUAUGCAAAGAAAUCAUUAAGAUUUGAUGUUCCAAAUUCUGCAAGGAAUUUUUCUUUCAAUGAAGACUUGAUACAGCCUAUAGAGAGUCCAGUGGAGGAAAUGUUCACAAUGCCUCUAGUUGCUCCCAAAAAAUCUGAAUGGAUCCCAAAUGAAUCAGCAAAUGAAUGUAUGUGUUGCAAACAAUUAGUUUUUACGAUGUUUAAUAGAAGACACCAUUGUAGACGAUGUGGCAGAGUUGUAUGUGGAUUAUGUUCAAUGAACAGGCUGAAGUUAUCUGCUUAUAAAGAUUUAAAUGUUCGUGUUUGCAAUCAAUGUUAUGAUCAAACAAGAAUUGCGGAAGGUAUUUCCAGUGACUCUUGCACAUCAGACGAUGUUUCGUCCACUUAUUCAAAAAGAGAUUAUAAUCAAUCAAUUAGUGAAAAUAUUAGUGAUGAAAAUGAAUGGAUAUUAACAGGAGAUUUAGAUCGAGACAAUGCUGUAAGAGAAGAAUUUGGUUUUACGCAUGCUCCAUCAGUCUCAUUAUGUUUAUCAAUUCUGUCUCUUUAUGAUGACUCAGAAGAAGCACCAAAUUUUUUGCUGUCUGAAUGUGAUGCUGUGAUUAGAAUAAUGAAGCCAAAAAUUAUAGGAGUACCCAAUAAUGAGAUAGAUUACUCAUUGCUAAUUGAAAUAAUGCGAUCAAUGGCAAUUGCAGCUAAAGUGAAGUUUUCUCAUCUUAUACAAUUAAAAACAAAUUUUACCUCUGAAAUGUCUGGGACAAAUGAUGCAAUAGAAAAUAAAUGUACUUCUUAUUACUAUGCUGGUAUUUCACGUUGUGAUUAUAUACUGAAUUAUGCUGACUUAGCACAAUUGCUUGUGGAGCAUAGUUGUGAAGGACUCCUUACACAAACCAUGGAAGCUUAUGAUAUUCAGAUAUUGCGUGAGCAACUGAUGCUAUCUGAGCGAUGGACAGUGGCACUUGAAGUUUCUUUGAAAGCGGGUCUUGACAAAGCUAGUGUGUUUGCAGCUUGGGGUAAAACUUGUUUAAGGGCUGGUGCUUUUUUAACAGCUAGAGAGAAAUUUAGUCAUUGUCUUAAAGCAGUACAUAAUUCAUCGACAUCUUCCAGUGCACAACAUCAGGAGAUAUUUACAGUUGAGAAUUUCAUGGAAGAAAAAUAUUCAAGAAAUGUUUUUAAGUAUGCUACAAAUUAUACUGACAAUAAUAUACAAGAUUCAGUUUCUAAAGUACCAAUAAAUGCAAGACCUUCCAAAGACCCUAUAUUAUUAAAUGAAAUAAUAGAAAUUCUAGAGAAAACAACAUACACUAUUGAUGCAAGUAUAAUGAAAAAUUUUGAAGAAAUUAAACAGUCCCAAGAAAAUUUAUUACAGAAAAAAAUAGGUGGUCAUAUGAGAAACAAUUUACCAGAACCUCCAUUAUAUGUUUUACAUACAUUAUCUAAUUUAAAAAAUAUUAUGAAUGGCAUAUAUGAAUCAGAGGUGGAGGGUGAUAAAUCUAAACAAAAGAGCAAACGUGUAAAAGCUAGAUCGGAUAGCAUUCAACAUCAAUCACCCGAUAAUCAUGAAAUGAAAAAUUUAGAAAAAUUUAUUUUUGAUGAAUGUAAAUAUUAUUUGAAGACAUAUGGAUCUCAUGAAGGAAUUAUAAAGUUUUAUAUGCAACAUUCCACAGUGAAUCAAGUUUUAGAAUAUAUUUUAAAUAAUACUGUAGAUAAAAAUAUAUUUACGGAAGCAGUUUAUAUGGAGUGUUUAAAAACUGGAUGUAUCGAAACUUUGCACCAUCACAUGGCUUCCAUGGAUUCAACACUCAUUAUCUGGAAGGACUAUCUCAGCAAUACUUGUAGAUAUUUAGAAAAAUAUAAGUAUAUGAACACACUCUACUCAUUACAACUAUUUAUGAAAGAUCUUGUAAGAGCCAGCAUGACGUGCAUACAUUUUUAUUCAUUUAAUUGCUCCACAUAUACUAGUUUACAUGAAAAUGCAGAAUAUUUAAAUACCGCGGAAAAGUUUUUGCGGCAGGAGUUAGAAGCUGCUGUCACAACAACUUCAUCAACGUUCCAAGUAUUAAAAGAAGCAAGUGCAGCAGCAUCAGGUUUCAUUAAGAAGUUGAGUUAUCGUGAGUUGGAUAGACAUAUUAAUACAAUAUGCAAGCAAAGAGAAGUUGCUAAAUUUUUAGCUGGGUGUGAAGUUCAUGGUCGAGAGACCUUUGUGAAAUUGAAUAAGAUGUUUACAAAUGACAGCAAUGAAUCAAAUUGUUUGCAGUUACCAACUCUAUUUGGAAAUCAAUUAGAUAGAUUGCAAGUAGCCACAUUUGUAAUUCUUUGUGGCCAGAAUGUAGAGGAAGGAUUUGGACUUGCAUUCAGAAUAGCUCAAGAUUAUCAGUUGCAAGGAUCGCAACUCUACCGCGAAUGCGCGCGUUAUUUAGCGCGCUGCGGUGAUGGUUUGAAUCAAGUGGCUCAACUUUGCCGUUGUGUGCAUUCCAGUGGUCUCAAUCAGCAAAAGGCUUCAAUUCUUGUUGAUGAAUUGGCAGCUGCUGCUCUAUAUGAGGCUAGCAUACUGCAGUCUUCCAAAUGCUUGGACGGAGCAGACGCCGUCGUAAGGAGUGUUAGUGAUAUUGGUGUUAUGAUUUCUUGUUAUAUUAAUAUUCGGCAACUAAAGUCUGCUUAUUUAUUGGCUGUGAAACACAACCGUAUAGUAGACGUCCGUCGCAUACAGAGAGAAGCGGAAAAGCUAGGCCAAAGCCAUGUUGUUGCAUUAUGCACGAAGCGGCUGAAAAUGUGA